AUGGCUCAGGCUGCCAAGGAGUUACAAUGGGUCUACCAGCGAACGCCACGCACCGCGCGGCAGCUAGACCCCAUGCAAAGGGCCUCGGAUGACCCAGCUUGGCCUGGACUUGCAGCAGCAACAGCCAAACUUGAGAUGGCCGAUACGGCACACCAGGCGGCUGCCGCACGUUUGGCGGAUGGCCGCGUGGUCACUUGGGGAGCGCAGAGAUAUGGUGCUGACAGCAGCGCAGUGCAAGCAGAGCUCACGGAUGUGCGUGAGGUCCGGGCGUCGUACGAGGCCUUCGCUGCGCUCCGUGGUGACGGUCGAGUGGUGACCUGGUCCAGUGAAGACAGUGUCUGCGGCGAUUGCCCAACAGGUCUCACAGACGUGCGGCUGCUGGCUGCUGCCAGGUAUGCCUUUGCCGCCGUCCUCGAAGAUGGAGGGAAAGUUGUCGCAUGGGGCGACCCGAAGCAAGGCGGCGAAAUUGGCCCCGCCGCUGCCGAACUCUUCGAUAUCUGCCAGAUCGAGGCCACCAGCUCCGCCUUCGCAGCGCGCCGAGCAGACGGAGUCAUACUGGCUUGGGGUGACCCUGCAGGAGGCGGCGAUCCUGGCCCCGAACAAGAAGUGCUGCGAAGCGGUGGGUUUUGCGAUAUCCAGGGCAGCGGAACUGCCUUUGCAGCUCUGCGAGACGAGGAUGGCAGCGUUGUGACCUGGGGAAGAUGCGACUCGAAGCCAGGGAAAGAUCUCCUUCGCGUGCAGUCCAUCGCAGCCAGCUCUUUUGCUUUUGCAGCUUUGCGUGUGGACGGCUCUGUGGUGACAUGGGGCAACUUGCGCUUUGGUGCUGCCGAGCCCACUUUUGAGGAGGAGCUCCAGGAAAUUGCCGAGCUGGCCGCCAGCGGCGGCGCCUUUGCCGCUCGCCGCGGCGACGGCCGCGUGGUUGUUUGGGGCCACGUAGCCUACGGAGGUCAGCAAGACUGCUCCAACCUCACGGACGUUCGGGAGCUCCGUGCGACCUACGGUGCUUUCGCCGCCAUCCAGGGCGACGGAUCGGUGGUGACCUGGGGAGAUUCGGCCGAUGGUGGCGACUCGAGCGCUGUGCAGGAGCAGCUGCGAGACAUACUUUGA